GUAUAGUUAACUAAGGAAUGAACAACUUUAACAUGGGGCGUAUGAAACUUCAAUCUGGAAUAAAUUCCAUCGAAGAAGAACCAGAGGAAUAUGAGGGUUCUUCAUUUGGGAAAGUUACUUUGGCUUGUAUGAUCAAUUCAGAAAUUGGGGCAGUUUUGGCAGUCAUGAGAAGUAAUGCGAGAUGGGGUGGUCGUUAUACCUCAGGGGAUGAUCAGCUGGAGCACUCUCUGAUUCAGUCUCUAAAAUCAUUAAGGAAACAAAUUUUCUCAUUGCAGCAGCAUCAGUGGCAUACGAUCAACCCUGUUGAUUAUCUCCAGCCGUUUCUUGAAGUUAUUCGAUCGGAUGAAACUGGUGCAUCGAUAACGAGUAUUGCAUUGUCAUCUGUUUACAAGAUUCUUACAUUUGAUAUGCUUGAUCUGACUACUGUCAAUGUUGAAGAUGCUAUGAACUCUGUAGUUGAUGCUGUGACUAGUUGUAGAUUUGAGGUUAAUGAUCUUGCAUCUGAAGAAGUUGUGCUUAUGAAGAUACUUCAGGUUCUUCUUGCUUGCAUGAAAAGUAAAGCAUCACUUGUGUUGAGUAAUCAACAUGUCUGUACCAUAGUUAAUACUUGUUACCGAGUAGUUCAUCAAGCAGCGAGUAAAGGUGAAUUACUACAACGAAUUGCUCGCCAGACCAUGCAUGAACUUGUCAGGACUAUAUUUUCGCAUCUGUCUAAUGUCAAAAACACAGAUCGAUCAUUGGUCAAAGGAGCUGGCCCAGUGAAACCAGAGGUAGGUGCUAAACAAUUGGAGAACGGUAAUGGUAGGUCCGAAUAUGACAACCAACUAUCAUCUGCUGGUUUAGGCUCUGCCGUUGGUUCAAUGGAGGAAAGCUUAAUGCAGUCUAUUAAUGGGAAGGAUGCCCUUCAAUAUGAUCCACAUUUGAUGACUGAACCCUAUGGAGUUCCUUGCAUGGUGGAGAUAUUUCACUUCUUGUGCUCGUUAUGGACUGUUGUUGAUAAUGGGGCUAUAGGACCCAAGGCAAACAAUAUAGCUUUGGAUGAAGAUGUUCCUCUUUUUGCUCUGACCAUGAUUAAUUCAGCAAUUGAACUUGGCGGUCCCUCUAUCCGUCAACAUCCAAGAUUGUUGAGUUUGGUACAAGAUGAAUUAUUCCGUAACCUGAUGCAGUUUGGUUUGUCAAUGAGUCCACUUAUUCUUUCCACCGUCUGUAGCAUUGUCCUUAAUCUAUACAAUAAUUUGCGAACUGAACUAAAACUGCAAUUAGAAGCUUUCUUCUCUUGUGUGAUCUUGAGGUUGGCACAAAGCCGAUAUGAGGCUUCAUACCACCAGCAGGAAGUUGCAAUGGAGGUUCUUGUUGAUUUCUGCCGUCAAAAGAACUUUAUGGUGGAGAUGUAUGCUAACUUGGAUUGCGACAUAACUUGUGGGAAUGUAUUCGAAGAUCUAGCCAAUUUAUUAUCAAAGAGUGCAUUUCCAGUUAACUCUCCUUUAUCUUCCAUGCAUAUACUUGCUUUGGACGGUCUGAUUGCAGUUAUUCAAGGAAUGGCCGAGAGGAUAGGCAAUGGGUCUGGAACUUUAGAAGCGUUGCCUGUAAAUCUCGAGGAAUAUGCUCCCUUUUGGAUGGUGAAAUGUGAUGACUAUAACGAUCCUGAACAAUGGGUUCCGUUUGUUCGGAAGAGGAAAUAUAUCAAAAGACGGUUGAUGAUUGGAGCUGAUCAUUUUAAUAGAGAUCCGAAGAAAGGACUGGAGUUUCUCCAGGUUACCCAUCUUUUACCCGACAAACUCGAUCCCCAAAGCGUGGCUUGCUUUUUCAGGUAUACUGCCGGUUUAGAUAAGAAUCUUGUUGGGGAUUUCUUGGGAAAUCACGACGAGUUUUGUAUCCAAGUUCUUCAUGAGUUUGCCUGGACUUUUGAUUUUCAAGAUAUGAACUUGGAUAUUGCGUUACGUCUGUUUCUCGAGACUUUCAGACUUCCUGGUGAAUCGCAGAAGAUACAGAGAGUGCUAGAGGCUUUUUCGGAGAGAUAUUACGAACAGUCGCCGCUGAUUUUAGCAAACAAAGAUGCUGCCCUCUUGCUGUCGUACUCGUUGAUAAUGCUGAACACGGAUCAACACAAUGUUCAGGUGAAGAAGAAGAUGACUGAGGAGGAUUUUAUUCGAAAUAAUCGACAUAUCAACGGAGGAAAUGACCUUCCUAGGGAAUUCUUGAUCGAGCUGUACCAUUCGAUCUGCAGGAAUGAGAUUCGGACCACCCCCGAGCAAGGUAUGGGUGUUGCUGAAAUGAAUCACAGUCGUUGGAUUGAUCUGAUGCACAAACUGAAGAAAACUGCUCCGUUUAUCGUGGCGGAUUCGAAAACUUACCUGGACCGAGACAUGUUUGCGAUCAUGUCUGGUCCGACCAUCGCCGCCAUCUCUGUGGUAUUCGAUCACGCUGAACACGAAGACGUUUAUCAAACAUGCAUCGACGGAUUCCUAGCCGUCGCCAAAAUCUCUGCGUGUCAUCAUCUUGAAGACGUCUUGGACGAUCUAGUCGUCUCUCUUUGCAAAUUCACAACUCUAUUAAACCCGUCUCUAGCCGAGGAGCCCGUCUUGGCAUUCGGCGACGACACGAAAGCCCGAAUGGCGACCGUAACCGUCUUCAACAUUGCCAACAGGUACGGAGAUUUCAUCCGAACAGGCUGGCGGAACAUACUUGACUGCAUCUUGAAGCUGCACAAACUCGGUCUACUCCCCGCCCGCGUGGCGAGUGAUGUGGCGGAUGAGUCCGAACUCUCCCCCGAUCCCGCCCAUGGGAAGCCCUUCACAAGCUCGAUGUCAUCGGCCCACAUGCCUUCUAUCGGUACCCCGAGGAGAUCGUCCGGGCUUAUGGGUCGGUUCAGUCAACUCCUAUCGCUCGAUACCGAAGAACCGAGGUCCCAACCGACGGAACAGCAACUCGCUGCCCAUCAGAGAACGUUGCAGACGAUUCAGAAGUGUCACAUCGACGGUAUUUUCACCGAGAGCAAAUUUCUACAAGCGGACUCGUUAUUGCAGCUCGCUCGAGCGUUGAUUUGGGCUGCUGGGAGACCACAGAAACGGAAUAAUUCACCCGAGGAUGAAGACACCGCUGUAUUCUGUUUGGAGUUGUUGAUCGCGAUUACUCUGAAUAACCGCGACAGGAUUGUUCUUCUCUGGCAGGGGGUUUACGAGCAUAUAGCGGGUAUCGUUCAAUCAACGGUUAUGCCUUGCGCGCUAGUCGAGAAGGCAGUUUUCGGUUUGUUACGAAUCUGUCAAAGGUUGUUACCUUAUAAGGAGAAUCUGGCCGACGAGCUUUUAAGGUCGUUACAGCUCGUUCUGAAGCUGGAUGCUAGAGUGGCAGACGCGUAUUGCGAGCAAAUAACGCAGGAAGUUAGCCGGUUAGUGAAAGGGAACGCGAAUCAUAUCCGAUCCCAGAAUGGGUGGCGGACGAUUACUUCUCUGCUGUCUAUAACCGCCCGCCACCCUGAAGCUUCCGAAUCUGGAUUCGAUUCGUUACUUUUCUUAAUGUCGGAUGGGGCGCACCUCUCGCCAGCUAACUACGUACUGUGUUUGGAUUCCGCGCGUCAGUUCGCGGAGUCUCGCGUGGGACAAUCUGACCGUUCGAUUCGAGCGCUGGAUCUCAUGGCGGGCUCGGUCGCCUGUUUGGUUCAAUGGGUCACUCUCCCGCAGGAAGUAGGUGAUAUGUGGCUUCGGCUUGUUCAGGGGAUAAGGAAGGUUUGUUUGGAUCAGCGAGAGGAAGUUAGGAAUCAUGCACUUUUAUCGUUGCAGAUAUGUUUAACAGGAGUGGAACGAUUAUCCCUUGCGAACGGACUUUGGUUGCAAUGUUUCGAUCAAGUUAUAUUCACGGUUCUAGAUGAUUUGCUCGAACUCGCCCAGGGGCAGUCACAGAAGGAUUAUAAGAACAUGGAAGGGACUUUAGCGAUUGCUGUGAAGAUUCUAGGUCAAGUGUUUUUAAAUUUGCUUGAGGAGCUUUCGCAGCUGACGACGUUCUGUAAGCUGUGGCUGGGGGUGCUUAGUCGAAUGGAGAAGUAUGUGAAAGUGAAGGUAAGAGGGAAGAAGAGCGAUAAGCUUCAAGAGAAUGUUCCCGAGCUUUUGAAGAACGUUUUGCAGGAGAUGAAGACGAAAGGGGUGCUGGUUCAGAGGAGUGCUUUGGGCGGAGAUAGUUUGUGGGAACUGACAUGGUUACAUGUGAAUAACAUCGAUUCUUCGCUACAGUCUGAGGUAUUUCAGGAUGGGGAGGAUAAAAGCAAGGUUGGAAUUGAAACAACCGCGAUUGAUGAUGAAUGAUGGUUGGAAAGUGCGGUUUUUGUUUUCCUACUGAAUGAGGUUAGUCUUUCUUCUUGUCUUGUAUAUUAAAAUUAAAAUGAUUUGUCUUGUAGACUAUAGUAGUAUCCAUCCAUCCUUUGUAUGCUUAGCUGAAAGCAAUUUGUUUGGUCAUUUGACAACAAUAUUAUGUGUUCAUUCACAUUCUAUGUUUCUUAGUUAUCAUGA